AUCUUUGGAAAUAGUUUGUUAUUGUUAUUGUUUUGAAAAGUGUUAGUUGUUUCAAAGUGAUAAAUGUGUUGGUUUGUAAUGAAAAAGUAAACUAAACUUAAUUUCUUUGGUCUGUAGGAGAGUGGAUGACUUUAACGUGAUAAUAAUAGUUGUAGGAAGAGGAAUAUAUUUUUUUUUAUUGGUAAUAAAUAAAUGGCUGGCGAAGUUGUAGUUGAUGCCUUGCCGUAUAUUGACCAUGGCUAUGAUGAACCUGGAGUUAGGGAAGCGGCAUUGGCCAUGGUGGAAGAAGAAACUAGAAGGUACCGCCCGACGAAGAAUUACCUAGAACAUCUGCCACCACUUAAUGUGAAUGCAUUUGAGACGGAGAUAAUGCGCAGCGAGUUUGAGCGCAUGCAGCAGCGGCUGCCCAUGGACGUGCUGAGCAUGAAGCGCUACGAGCUGCCGCCCCCGCCGGCCGGCAAGAUGACGGACAUCGCGGCGUGGAACGAGUGCGUCGAGAACUCCAUGGCCCAGCUCGAGCACCAGGCCACGAGAAUCUGCAACCUGGAACUGAUGGUGGAGUACGGCUGCGAGGCGUGGAAGUCGUACCUGGAAGUGUUGGUGCAGUUGGUGACGCUGGCACAGAAGCAACUGCAGGGCAUGAGGAAGCAGAUCCAGGAGAUCAACUGGCAGCGCAAGAACAUGCAGACGCAAGGGGGCGAGAAGCUGCGCCACCUGGAGGCGUCGUGGGUCGGCCUCGUCAGCAAGAACUACGAGAUCGAGCAGUCGUGCGUCCAGCUGGAGAAGGAGAUGGCGCGGCUCAAGGCCGAGAAGGACAAGGACAAGGACAAGGACAAAGACACAAAAGACAAGGACAAGGAGGAGACGCAAGUGAAGGACGCUUGAGCGAUCUUCUUCGCUUAUUGUGCAGCGAGCACAAUUAAUUCUCCAACGUGUGAACAAAAUGUUGCUUCGAGCAUAGAAGUGAUUGGUUAAUUUAUGUAAAAAAAAAUUUUUUUUAACAUUUAAUACAGCAAAAUAGUGUAAAAAAUAUAAGUUAAUUUAUAGAUAUCCUUAAUCAUUGUAAACAUUCCAUAGCCUUUCAAUUAAAGUACAUAUUAAUGUGUACAGUAAAUAUUUUAUCGCUGUUAUCAUUAUGAAAAGCAACUAUUAAAUGGCUUUAAUGUAGUAAUGGGUCAAAUCCCCAUUUUCUUGAAUUCAAAUCUCAAAGAGUGCCUUGAAUCUGAAUCUAGGGUUCAAGAGUCAAAAAUGAAAUGAUGGACUAGAAAUAAAAAUUUUUUAGCAAA